AGUUGACAGGAAACGUCAAACUUGGGCGCUCGGUAACCAAUCGGCGCCCGGAGAAAGCGGUUAGUGCCCUCUAGGACCCCACGUGACCCUCCUCAGUAGAUCCCAGGCGGCGCACGGGUGAGCUUGAGAUAAUGAAUCACAGGGUCGGGUUGUUUGUUCUCCUGGCGGCGGGCCUCCUCUGCCUCAGUCUGGCCCCUGUCUCUCGGGCUGAGGACCUGGUCGAGGAUGGUCCAGAUGGUGACGAUGCAGAUGUGGAGGACGAGAUGGACCUGGGUUUGGCUGGCGAUGAGAAUGAGGAUCUGGAGCAAGACGUGCAAGAUGAAGCUCCACCUGCUCCUAAAACUCCUCCCAGUCCACAGGUGACCUACAAAGCUCCCGAGCCAAAGGGUGAACACUUCUUUGCAGAGUCUUUUGACCGGGGGACGCUGGACGGGUGGAUUCUGUCCAUUGCCAAGAAGGAUGAUGCUGACGAAGAGAUUGCAAAGUAUGAUGGUAAAUGGGCCGUGGAGGAGAUGAAGGAUAGCAAACUGCCCGGUGAUAAAGGUCUGGUCCUCAAGUCACGAGCCAAACAUCACGCCAUCUCAGCCCACCUGCUGCGACCUUUCACCUUCGACACCAUGCCCCUCAUCAUCCAGUACGAGGUGAACUUCCAGUCGGGCAUCGACUGUGGCGGCGCCUACGUCAAGCUGUUGACUGAGACUCCCGACCUCGACCUGGACCAGUUUGUGGAUAAAACUCCGUACACCAUCAUGUUUGGACCCGACAAAUGUGGAGAGGACUACAAGCUGCACUUCAUCUUCAGACACAAAAACCCCAAAACUGGCGAGUACGAAGAGAAACAUGCCAAGAAACCCGAUGCUGACCUGAGGACAUACUUCACCGACAAGAAGACUCACCUGUACACGCUGGUGGUGAACCCUGACAACAGCUUCGAGGUGCUGGUGGAUCAGACAGUCGUGAACAGCGGCAGCUUGCUAACGGACAUGACCCCCCCUGUGAACCCCCCCGCUGAGAUCGAGGACCCUGAUGACCACAAGCCCGAGGACUGGGAUGAGAGGCCCAAGAUCCAGGACCCGGAUGCCGUCAAACCUGAAGACUGGGAUGAAGACGCGCCCGCUCAAAUUCCAGAUGAGGCUGCGGUGAAACCCGACGGCUGGCUGGAUGAUGAGCCUGAGUACAUCGGAGACCCUGACGCCAUCAAACCUGAAGACUGGGAUGAGGACAUGGAUGGAGAAUGGGAAGCCCCUCAGAUCCCUAACCCCACCUGUGAGACUGCCCCCGGCUGCGGCACCUGGAAACGACCCAUGAUCGACAACCCCAACUACAAGGGCAAGUGGAAGCCCCCCAUGAUUGAUAACCCCAACUACCAGGGCAUCUGGAAGCCAAGGAAGAUCGCCAACCCAGCGUUCUUCGAGGACCUGCAGCCCUUCAAGAUGUCACCAUUCAGCGCCCUGGGGCUCGAGCUCUGGUCCAUGACUUCUGACAUCUUCUUCGACAACUUCUUCAUCACCAAUGACCGCAACACCGCCGACCGCUGGGCCUCUGACAGCUGGGGGUUGAAGAAGGCAGCAGAGGGCGCCGCUGAGCCCGGUCUGGCGGCUCAGAUGUUGAGCGCUGCAGAGGAGCGUCCGUGGCUCUGGGUCGUCUACGUGCUCACCGUGGCUCUACCACUCGUCCUCAUCUUCGUCUUCUGCUGCACUGGAAAGAAGAAGAGCUCGGCGUCACCGGCAGAGUACAAGAAGACUGAUGAACCUCAGCCCGACGUGAAGGAGGAGGAAGAGGAGGAGGAAGCUGAGAAGAGCAGUCCAGGUGCAGAGAACAGUGAUGAAGAGGAAGCACCCCCAAUCGAAGAGGAGAAGCAAGAAGAGGAGGAGGAAAAGAAAGAAGAGAAGAACACAGCUGAUAAGAAGUCUGAGGACGAAGUCCUGCAGAGAUCACCCAGGAGCAGGAAGGUCAGGAAGGAAUGAAAUCUGACUCUGCAGCCCUGACUUCAACAACCCACCCCUUCAUCUCCCCCUCUCCUCCUCUUCCUCCUCCUCCUCCUCUUCUUUUUCUUCUGCUCGUCCGCUCUGAGGCGAUGAAGCCUGAAUGGAACCAGUGGAAGCAGCGACAGGAAACUAAUCAAGAUCUGCAACAUGGACGCCUGAUGAUGAUUUCUGUACGAACAGGGCUGAGUUAGAUUUAAAGGAUUUUUGUUUUUGAAAGAGAUUAACUAAACCUUGCUGCAUCAUUCCUUCACAACACCUGAACAGACUCAAACCUGCUGGUCUGACGUCCUGUUUGCCAAGCCGCUGCCCAGCGCCACCCUCAGCGAGCCAGUUUGAGGCAGCCUGUCUUGAGCUUCCAGCAGUCUCUUAGCAUUCCGGCAGCCAAAACACCAGCCAGGUUUGUCCUGCAGAUUAGUCGCGUCAUCCUUCAGUCAGCCAAUCAGAUAGCUAUAAAUCAGCCCCUGGAGACGAAGUCUCACUCAGCCCAGCAUCCUCCAGCUUGAGCCACUCCUGUCUUGCGUCACGCUGCCAGGAUGACCACUCAAACUUUCGACCAACCAAAAGUCUUCCAAAUUCCUUCAAUAACCUACAAACUGUUAGCUUGUAACCGGAAUCACCUAGCUAGCAGUCUGACACACCAGUCUGCUAAUUAGCAUGCUAAAUAGGCUAACAGUUACCAGCAGACAUCCAGCAAAGGUCUAAGCUAGCACUGUGAUCAGGUGACCACCAUUUGUUUUGGUUUUUUUUUGUUUUUUUAAAUAUUCACUACCAACAGGCUGCUCAUGAACGCCGUGGCGAAACUCAGCUGUUAGCAAACCUACAAGCUAACAGCUUGGCAGUGGUUCGAUCAUCCUCUCAGCAGCUGUUCCUCUAAUAACCAGAGUCCUGAUAACUAAUUAGGCAAGCUGGAGUAAACUGCUGAAACUGCUGUAUCCCCUCUGCAUCAUCACUUUAAAACUGGUGCUGACUGGGUGGAGCAGCGAGCUGCUAACAGCUGAUGGAGUUCACAAGUGACCUGCUAGCUGGAGUCUUGCUAAAAUCUGAAGUAAUAAACCGGUGACGUGUUUUCUUCUGUUUUUAGUUGUUUUUCUUGUAUAAAUGUUAGCCUCGUGUCAGCUUGACUAAUUAAAAAUACCUGUGCAAAAUACCAAGUCAGCCCGGUCACAUGUGUAACAUGCUGACAGCCGUGUGGUUCAAGGUUCAUUUUAGGAAUUCAUUUUUACACUAACUUCCUGAACUUGCCGUUUUAUGAUCAUUGAACGUUAAAUUGAGGCCAGGCAGCGUGAGGCAAAAUGCAGUAGAACAAAAAGCCGAAGUCUGACAUUAAAGUCAUAAAUUUACAAAAAAAAAUGCAAAUUUACAACAAACUUACUGAUCUGAGGGAAAAAUUACACAUUUAAGCCAAACUGCAGGUUUUUCUUAUAAAUUUUAAUUUUUUUAUUUUAUUUUUUUUUUUCCCUUUUUUCACAAGUUUAUGGCUUUAAUCUCGAACUUGGACCCUCGGUGGCUCAAACGCUGCUGGACAGGGCGAAGCGGUCCAGGAAGAGGUCAGGUCGUGACACUCUUAUGAACUUCAGUGUCGUCAGAUGUGGCGUUUGUAGGUGGCGGGUUAUUCGAAUGGACUGAAACCUUUGAUCAGCUCCAUAUGCAAAGAAUAUCUCUCACCUAUCCACCUGCAGAACCGCGGCAACUCGGCCGACCUCCUUGUAGCAUUUAUCACGAGCUCAACUCAAGGUCCACCUACCAUUGUUUUUGGGACAUGGAGCGUGACCAGUAGACUUCCCCUGGUGAUACUGGUGUGGCUGAAGGCUCUGGAGAUGCCAGUACGCAGAUCUUGAACUCAAGCUGUUACCAUAUAUGGCGCCCAACUCUGAGAACUGAAACCUCAAAGGAUUCGAGCCUUCACGCAUCCUCUGCUGCGGCUGCUGAUGGUCACAUGUCAGGCUGGGAAAAUGCCUCGUGUCCGUCCAAUAAUUGGAAAUCUUGGCAUGUGUCACAACAAAUUAUUUAUUCAUAGAGCAGGGCUUGUUUUCAUCUUUCGCUGAUGAAGGCAAGUUAACAACCAUGCUUCUCAAACUGGUAAAAACAGAUCACUAUAUAAACACUGGUCGGUGGUUUAGCACGCUGUUACUGUUUCCUGUCAGUUGAAUUGCGUAAAUGAGCAGUUUAAGCAGUUUGUCUUCAACCCCCUGGUUGGCCUAGAAGGUACUGCAGGUGGGCCACAAAAUAAUUAAUAAAUGAAUACAUUAAAAAAGUUAUUUUGAAUUUUCUGACCUGUUUCUGAGCCUGACAUAAAAUUAUAUCUACUGGGAAAAGUACUAAAAUGAAGCAGGUGGGAGAAAUAAAGCUGUUAGUGGAGAGUCGACCUCAAAGGAGGAGAAACCGUCUUUGAUUCGUGUGAUUAUCAGCGUUGUGAUUAAAGUUUGGGUGGGAUGAUAAAUGGAAAUCACAGAAUUAGUCAAUCAGAUUUAUUUUCCUACUAAUUUUCUGUAUUUUUGUUUGUAAUGAUCAAUCCUUAUAGUGUUCAGUAAAAUCUGAAAAUGUAGAGACGUUAACCUGCACUCUUCUGAUAUAUUUUAUUUUCAUUGCCAAAAAACACCCAGCAGGUGACGAGUGUUUAAAAUGCCUUCAUGUAGGAAGUUGUGGAUGCUCACAAGCUGCUGCUAACAUGUUUCUAUGCUGAUUUUUCUUCUCCAUCAGAGGUGAAACUGAAGCAAUUGGCAGAUCAUAAAUAAAAUCAGAUGUGAAUCCUGAGCAGGAAGCGAGCCGCUCCUUUUUCCAUCACGUCUGUUUUCAGUCAGGAUGGGCUGCUCUGUUGUGAUUGGCUGGUGGUUUCUGACAGGUGUUCGAAGUCUGUGUCAGGUGACCCCUCCUCUUCCUUGUAGGAUAAAUUUGUUGGCUCUGCUGUUGUAGUGGCUGUGGAGAUGCUGUUUAGGCGCGAUGGCGUUCUUGGCGGUGCCGUUCAGGCUGAAGCUGCCUUGCUAACAGACUGUAGACUGAACACUGUACCUGCCGGUGAGACUCCGACUCUGUAACUCUGCUUUUUAUUUUGUUCUCUGUGUUUGUACUAACGGUUGGCCCGGCCGCCGUCCUGACGUCCACGCGGUGUGGACCUUCUGACGGACGCGCUGCAGGAAGGUCCAGCUUUCAAUGGAAAUACUGUGAUGAUGGAUCCUGCUGUGUGUGCGCGCGGACACGUGGUCAACACUUGUUUUGAUGAAUAAAAAACACCAAAUGGAAACUGAA